UCAGUAUUGCAGCGAAAUACAUUUUCUUCAUUUCAUUGUAAACAUUUGUGGAAAUAUUAACUUUUGUUAUGGUUCAAAUACGUUUAACGACACAACGAUAAAAAAUGAAUCCACAAUAUAUACAACAGCAGCAGACACAGCAACAACCUGGAUAUUAUCCUGGUCCACCAACUUCAUCUCCAUACGGAGAACUAAAUUCUAAUGUUCCUUCAAAUCCUUUAAACGGACCUCCAAUGAAUUCCCAAUAUAUGUCUCAGAAACCAAUGCAAGGACCGCCUACUACUAAUUUGCAUCAGCCUUCAGCACCAUAUUAUAUGAAUCAUAUACAACCACAUGGAAACUCUCAGUAUGAAUCAUCGACAAAUAAUCCACAUAAUGUGAUGCCAUCUCCGACCAGUCAAAACAAUAUAGUUAAUCAAAUGUCAAAUAUGUGUUUGGGGGAUCCACAAAGACCACCAUCGACGAAUUUUCCUCCGCCACCUUUACCUGGGAAAAGUAGUCCAACAGUGUCUACACCUUCAAAUGUUAAUGGAUUUAACAAUGCUUUAGAUGCAUCAUUGCCUGGAAGUGGACCUAUUGGACAGACUGAUCCUGGUGAAAAAACUGCACCCCCUAUUUCUGGACAAGAUUUACAACAGACAAGUUCGGAAAAUCUGUCUACACAUCAGUCCGGUCUUCCAUUUUCUGAACAUUCUACAGGAUCUAAUCCCGGGAAAUAUUAUCCUGGACAAAAUGUAUCGUCUGAACAAGGAUUCAAUACGGGAUUAUCGACACAGACUGCUCAAAGGAACAUCACCGAUACACCUUCUGGACAACCAAACUUUCCCAGACCACCGACAACGGGGCAAAAAUCGACAGGUCCACCGUUACCAGGACAACAAAAUUUAUCGAAUUUGCCAUUACAAGGACAACCGAAUCUGUCCAAUUCACCUUUGCCUGGACAACAAAAUCUUUCCGGCCCAUUAAUGUCCGGUCCACCAAAUUUCUCUGGACCACCAUUACCAAGUCAACAGAGUCAGAGUAACACAGCCACGCAAGGAGUACAUGGUCAACAAAAUUUACCUGGACUGCCACCGUUACCCAAACAAACCUUAUCUGGAGCACCACCAUUAUCGAAGCAAAAUUUAUCAGGACCACCUUUACCAGGACAGUCGAAUAUAUCUGGUCCUCCUCUUCCAGGACCACCUUUACCAGGCCAUCCUUCUAUGCAAGCCCAGCAAAGGCCCAAUCAAUCCUAUCUAGAACAAUCGAACAUGCCUAUGUCUAAUCUACACGGUCAAUCAAAUUUAUCCGGCCCUCCGUUGAUGGGUCAACAGAAUAUACUCCCGCCGCCAAUGUCUGGUCAACAAAAUAUCGCUCCACCUCCAUUACCGGGUCAACAAAAUAUCGCUCCACCUCCAUUACCGGGUCAACAAAACUUCAACAGACAACCAUUUUUAGGACAACAGAAUUUAUCUGGUCCGCAAGUUCCACCUCCAUUACCUGGUCAGGCUAUGGGACAGAUGAUGAAUCCUCCUUCGAAUUUACCACAAUCAACUCAGAGACAGUACGCAUCUAAUCCACCUAUGCAGGGACAAGGUAUUGGAAAUCCUUUAGGGCACAAUCGUUCUCCACCUGGUACGAUGCCAGGCUACCAACCUGCUGGAUACCAUGGCUAUAGUAAUGAUAUGUAUAAUGCUCAAAGAGGUUCGUACCAGGGCGGUGCACCAGGUGCAGCCGGAGGAUAUCAACCAGGUAUUCAACCGCAACAAGCUAGACGUUUGGAUCCUGAUCAAAUGCCAAGCCCAAUUCAAGUAAUAGAAGAUGAUCAAGACGUCAGAGGUGGUGUAUUUAUAACAAAUCAAAAGGGGUUAGUUCCGCCAUUGGUAACUACCAGGUUUGUGACGCAGGAUCAGGGGAAUGCAUCCCCUAGGUACAUUAGGUCCACUAUGUACACUGUUCCUACCACAGCAGAUAUUAUAAAACAAACAAGUGUUCCAUUUGCACUAAUAGUAAGUCCGAUGGCUCGCAUAGCGGAGAACGAGUACGAACCGCCGAUUGUAGAUAUGGGAGAGAUUGGUCCAGUUCGUUGCGUGCGGUGCAAAGCGUAUAUGAGUCCAUUCAUGCAGUUUAUCGAUGCGGGUAGAAGAUUCCAGUGCAUGUUUUGUAAAGCAACCACAGAAGUACCAGCAGAAUAUUUCCAACAUUUGGAUCAUACUGGCCAACGUAUGGAUCGUUACGAAAGGCCGGAAUUAAUGCUGGGGACGUACGAGUAUAUUGCGACAAAAGAUUAUUGCAGAAACAACCAUUUCCCAAAACCACCAGCCAUCGUGUUCGUACUCGAUGUGUCGUAUAACACAGUCAAGUCAGGCUUAGUCAAUCUACUCUGUAUGAAAAUGAAAUCAAUUCUACGGAAUUUACCAGUCGACGUUGGGCAAUCGAAGACGAACAUAAAGGUCGGAUUUAUAACGUACAACAAUACGGUACACUUUUACAAUGUGAACUCCUGCCUCGCCCAACCGCAAAUGAUGGUUGUGGGUGAUAUACAAGACGUGUUUAUGCCACUUCUUGGCGGAUUCUUGUGCGACGUCGAAGAAAGCGAAGCGGUUAUCGACUGUUUAAUGACGCAGAUACCAGCCAUGUUUGCAGAUACUCGUGAAACGGAAACGAUUCUUGCACCUGCUAUACAAGCUGGAUUGGAAGCGUUGAAGGCUUCAGACUGUGCUGGUAAAUUAAUGGUUUUCCACUCGUCUUUACCAAUUGCUGAAGCCCCUGGCAAACUGAGAAAUCGUGACGAUCGUAAAGUGCUGGGAACGGAGAAAGAAAAAACGGUGCUAGCUCCUCAGAAUAACGUUUACAAUAACUUAGGACAGGAAUGUGUAGGUGCUGGAUGUUCCGUAGAUCUGUUUGUCUUCAAUAAUUCAUACGUAGACAUUGCGACAAUAGGUCAGGUUGCCAGACUAACUGGCGGAGAAGUAUAUAAAUACACUUAUUUCCAGGCCGACAUAGACGGUGAUCGUUUAGUUUCGGAUGUCAUCAAUGAUAUUAGUAGACCAAUUGCCUUCGAUGCCAUCAUGCGUGUGCGUACGUCGACUGGUGUUCGAGCAACUGAUUUCUUUGGACACUUCUUCAUGUCGAAUACCACGGAUAUGGAGUUAGCUAGCAUAGAUUGCAAUAAGGCCAUUGCGGUGGAAGUGAAACACGAUGACAAACUGACAGAUGACGAAGGUGUAUAUAUUCAAGCAGCUUUGUUGUAUACUUCUUGCAGCGGAAUCAGACGAUUGCGUAUAAUUAACCUUAGUUUAAAGACUUCGUCUCAAAUAGCUGAAUUGUACCGAGCGUGUGACCUAGAUGCUAUUAUAAAUUACUUCUCCAAGCAAAGUGUUUUCAAGCUGAUCGAAUCGUCUCCGAAAGCUGUAAAGGACAGUUUAGUCGCAAGGUGUGCAAACAUACUAGCUGCGUAUCGAAAACACUGUGCUUCACCGUCAAAUGCUGGUCAAUUAAUAUUACCAGAAUGUAUGAAACUGCUCCCGCUUUACAUAAAUUCACUGUUGAAAAGCGAUGCAUUGUCUGGAGGUGCUGAUAUGACCAUCGACGACAGGUCUUUCGUUAUGCAAACGGUUGCGAUAAUGCCUAUUUCAAUAUCGGUCGUAUAUACGUACCCAAGAUUACUUCCGUUACACGAUGUUGAUCCACAAGACACAGAACUACCACAGAUGCUACGCUGUUCCAUUGACAAAUUUACCGACUACGGCGCAUAUUUACUUGAAAACAGUAUCCACAUGUUCCUGUGGCUAGGUCUGGGACUUUCUCCACAGUGGGUACAAGCAGUGUUUGGAGUUCCAUCGGUAGCUCAAGUCGAUACGGAUCAUACUGCACUGCCAAUAUUAGAUACUCCAAUGAACAAACUUAUAACAGAUAUUAUUGACCGCGUACGCAUGGAAAGGCAUCGUUGCAUGAGGUUAACUAUAGUAAGACAACGAGAAAAAAUGGAAACGGUGUUGCGUCAUUUCCUGAUCGAAGAUAGAGGAAACGACGGAAGUCCCAGUUACGUUGACUUCCUUUGCCAUAUGCACAAAGAAAUAAGAGCACUUCUUAGCCAAUAAAAUAAAUCUUAAAGCAAUCAGUUACAUUGCGUUGGAAUCAUAGCUUGCUACGUCUUCGUGGCUGAUCGUCACGGUAUGUCCAAGGAUCAGAUUAGAUUAUUAGACGGAGUUCAUUGGAAACUCAAUAGAGGUCAUGCACGUGAUGGCGCGUACAUUGGGAAAGAAGGAUGGAGAAAUGUGAAAUAAAGCUAACGUACAUUUACAGCAUAAUACCUAUCAGAAGGGCAAUGAACUUUACGAGAUAACCAAUCAUUCCGCGAUAAAGAAUCGGCGCAUGUGAAGGGAAACAUCCAGGUACACUCACAUACAGUGAUUUAUACACGAAUAAUUGUAAACGUAAAAAUUGUAUUAUU